AUGCUAAAAGCAUGCCACAAACGAUGCGCCGAACGGACUCUUGUUGUUUUGGAGAAGAAUGGAGGCAUCUUUAUCAAACUCGGUCAACACUUGAGUGCCAUGAACUACCUCCUACCGUCUGAAUGGACGAACACAUUUAUACCGCUGCAGGACAAGUGCCCAGUAUCUUCGUUCGAGUCGAUAGAGGACAUGUUCCGCAAGGACACAGGAGAGGAGCUUUGGGAUUACUUCUCCGAUUUCGCCCCUGAACCAAUUGGCGCCGCCUCUCUUGCCCAGGUGCAUCUGGCGUCUAUCAAAGGUUCUGAUCAAAAGGUUGCCGUCAAGGUGCAGCAUCCAGAGCUACAGAGCUGGUCGCCCCUGGAUCUCGCGCUUACCCGGUACACGUUUUCCACACUCAAGAGAUUCUUUCCCGAAUAUGACCUCGAAUGGCUCUCGUCAGAGAUGGACGUUUCUCUUCCCAAAGAAUUGGAUUUCCAGGAGGAAGCUAGCAAUGCUUGCCGCAUGAAAGAGCACUUUGCAAAGAUCCCGCAGUUGCCCCUGGUUAUCCCCGAAGUCAUCUGGGCUAAGAAGAGAAUCAUUGUUAUGGCGUGCGAAGCCGGGAGCCGGCUUGAUGACAUUGAGUACUUGGACAAGAACGGGAUCGACCGCGACGAGGUAUCAGCCACAUUAGCUCGCAUCUUCAACGAAAUGAUUUUUGGUGACGGCGCACCGUUGCACUGCGAUCCUCAUGGCGGAAACAUUGCCAUUCGCAAGAACACUACCCGUCGCGGUCUCGGGCGUGGCCCCAAUUUCGAUGUCAUUUUGUACGACCAUGGACUUUACCGGGAUAUUGAGCUUCCCCUGCGAAGAUCAUACGCCAAGAUGUGGCUUGCAGUGAUCGAUGGCGACAUGGACCGUAUGAAGAAGUAUGCCCAUGAAGUUGCUGGCAUCGAGGAUAAGGACUUCCCCCUUUUCGCUUCAGCAAUUACUGGUCGAGACUACAGCAUCGUUAGCAAGUCUGGAUCUAUUCUCGAGACAAGAACAGCCGAUGAGCAAAAGACAAUGAGCGGUGCUUUACAGGAGGGUCUCAUUGUCGAUCUCGUUCAGCUCCUUAGCCGUGUCCCUCCCAUUAUCCUCCUUAUUCUCAAGACAAACGAUCUCACCCGCAGCUUGGACGAGAAUCUCCAAACGCGGCAGGGUCCCAUCCGUUCUUUCAUGAUUCUAGCGCGGUACUGCACAAAGACUGUGUUCCAUGAAAAGCUCGAGCAAAUCAGCCAAAACGGAUCACUCUUUUGGCCCCCCAACGCCGUGAGACUAUUUGCGGCGUGGGUUGGCUUCAUGCGCGUGGAGAUCAAGUUGGAGGCGUUCGAAAUGUGGCUAUCCACCAAGAGAAUGUUGGGUCUGGGUGAUGUACAAUUUUCGGGGGCGGCGUUCCAAAAGUGA